AUAAUGACCCUUCGAACCGUCUCCAUAGCGAUUGAAAACUACCACGCGAGGACGCGUUAUGAAACUGGUGGAGGACUAAACGAGUGCAAUGGGACAGCGCGUCUACCGUUGUACCAUCGAGUGCGCAGUAGAGAUAGAUUGUGCGCCUCCAGGAAAUGGAACACGUAAUAAAUGCGAAUGAAGGGGACACCAUGAAUGAGGUGUCUGUACUCCACCUUCCAGUGGAGGAUGCAGUGAACGAAGUGGUCCAUGGACUGGAAGGGGUUGCCCUGAAACACAGUGACAGCCGGCUGCCAUUCCAGAUCUUCCCAGAUCCCUGUGAGGAAGAAGAGGUCCCAGUGAAGAUGAGAGGAAGACUGCCAUCAAUAGUUGUAGAGCCCAUAGACAUAAUUGACGUGGAGAGUGGAGAAUUACGAUGGCCGCCAGAAUCUCUCCAAAAAGAGAAAAAGGAAGAUAUGUUGGAGGAAGAUGUGGAAGAGGAAACAACAGAUGAACAGACUGAAGCGUACUGCUCAGAAAGUGUUCAGGAAGUGCCCAAGACAGGAAGUGCAAAGGAACAUUUCUUCCCCCAGGCUAUUAUAAAGAGCACAGGCAGUUUCAAAUGCCCUAGUUUUGUAAAGGUAAACCCAAGAAAGAAACAGAAGAAGCAACAUCUUAGUAAGUCUGAUGUUUACGAUGCCGGGGAUAUCUGAGGCUGGAAGUUUUGUGCGGAAUAAUUAUUGUGGAACGUAAUGAAAAAUUACUGAAAAAGAAUAUCAACUAAACCAGGGAAAUAUAUCUAACAAAUACGCUGUGAGGAUUUAGUAACUAACAAGCAAUUUUAUGUAUAAAAAUGUUUUGUUCAUGUACGACAUUCCAAGGAAAAAUACUUGUUUUUUGAUAUUCCACAACUCCUAUGCAGAUUUCUGACUUGAAAUAUUCUUCAAUAAAGAAAAGCUAUAGUCCCUAGAAGUAACAAACUCGGCUAUACAUCAAGGCACCUGGUGAACCUGGAGGAAUACAAUAUCUCUGCAAGCACACUAACCAAGUCCUGAGAUAAUACCCUGUUAAAUAUUAAUUGUGGUGAUCAAGGCAUCUGUAGCUAAGAAUUUCGUUUACAUUUCAUUUGCAUUGGCCCUAGCCCUCAGGUCAUAUUCUUUAUUGCUAGGCAUCUCUUGGUAUAUUUCCACGUGAAAAGCCUCUACUAGGUGAUCACAGUUAUACUCAUAUACUAGGCCUAAAUAUUAUUGCAUACAAUUAUACGUAGGAUUAAUAAAAACACAUAUACAAUAAGUUGCUGGGACCGACAAAACGUAAUACUAAUUAUUUAAAAAAUAAGUUAGUACUAGAUAUCAUUUUUUGUUCAAGAGUCUUUUCAGAUUUUAUAUUGUUUAUGUGACAUGACAUUGCUGAAGUCCUAUAUAAACCAGAAUAUGGUAACUAACUGGUUUCCGCAUAUAACUAUUCAUUAAAAUGAAGGAA